AUGAAUAAAGAUCAAAUUCAAUUGGUCGACUGGAAUGAACGGGACUAUGAGGAGGAAUUGCUUGAACGUGUGAAAAGCAAAUACAACCCGGAACGUCGUAUUCGUCUGGCCAUUGACUUCCAACCCACACCCAGACGAAUGUUACGUAUUCGGCAAUUAUUGGAACAGGAUGGCACUCUGAUCAUCCCGUAUGAGAAACCCGUUUGGCGCGUGCGGUACGCGCCACUGAUGCGCAGCUUCACCGCGACCGGUGGAAACCUAAUCAAACUGUCUGAGACCGUGCCCACAGCACACAACACACGACAGAGACAGAACGCACUCGGUGAGGGUUACCGAAUGGGACAGAAAUGGACCACCAUCCCGUCCGACACGUGGCGUGAACGAUGA